AUGCAUACGGUGUGUCAAGACGAAGCCAGUAGUAAGUCACCAAGAAAUCUGAUAACUAGAGAGAUCAAGACUAACGCAGGAACCCAGAAAAACCAAGAUCAUUGGAGGCAGUUUAUUCGAGAAGAGUUUGCAAAGAACAAAAAUAUUCCCAAAAAGAAGUUUGGCACAAUUGAACACUUGAUAAGGGCGGGCCACAAAAGGUACGAAAUGUACUCCAGCGAUGCCAUUACAGACGUUCAUUGA